GUGGCAUUGUGUGAGAGGGGGUAACAAUCCGAAUUCCUCCGCUUCCCCGGGAGUGAUGCAUGCAGGGAAAAAAACGCAGAGCUCCCUCCUCCUCCUCCCUCCUCCAUCUCUGCAGCAGCACACGGAGCUCCAGCAGCAGGAGGAAAAGAAGGAGGAGGAACAAUAAGCUCAGAGGAGGCUCCGCAGUCCGGCGGCGUGUCGCAGUUUUAGCGGGAGCUGGUGAAGCGGCUGCCCGGAGGAGGAGGCAGGGGGCCGGCAGAGGGAACAUGUCCUCCCCGCAGGUGUCCCGCCGGCAGUCGUGCUACCUGUGCGACCUGCCGCGCAUGCCUUGGGCCAUGAUCUGGGACUUCACGGAGCCCGUGUGCCGCGGAUGCGUCAACUAUGAGGGCGCGGACCGGAUCGAGUUCGUCAUCGAGACUGCCCGCCACCUGAAGCGCGCUCACGGCUUCCAGGAGGCCCGCGGUGCCGCGGGAGCGCCCCCGCAGCAGCAGCCCGGGGCGACGAAGAGCCAGGCGGCCACACUAAGCGGCAAGGAGCCGCCGAGCCACCACCACCACCCGGCGGAUGGUGCAGCCAAGCCCCAGCAUCCCGGGACGGACCGCUACUCGCUGGGACGCUUCGACUACGGCGGCAGGCCGCCCACCGGGAUCGGAGGACCGAACGGCUUCAAGGACGACGGCCCGCCGGAGCUGAACCGCCAGAGCCCGAACUCCCGCGGCAGGACCCCCGCCGGGCCGCCGUCCGCCGCCGUGCCACCCAGCCUGCUGCCGCAGACGGGCCGGGCCGAGCCCGGGGCGAAGCGGCCCGCCUCGGUGUCCGCCGCCGACCCGGACCGGGAGCUGAAGGAGAAGCAGCGCAACGCGGAGGUGCUGGCCGAGCUGAGCGACAGCCUGCGGAGCCGCCAGGAGGAGUGGGCGGGCCGGCCGAAGGCCGUGCGCGACACGCUGCUCGCGCUCACCGGAAGCACGCCCUUCGACGUCCGCUUCAAGAAGGACCACGCGCUGCUGGGCCGCGUGUUCGCCUUCGACGCCGCGUCGAAGCCCGGCGCGGAGCAUGAGCUGAAGCUGUUCAUCGAGUACCCGAGCGGCUCCGGGACGGUGUUCUCCAGCGCCUCGGGGGUGGCCAAGCAGAUGUACCAGGACUGCAUGAAGGACUUCGGCCGCGGGCUGUCGUCCGGCUUUAAGUACCUGGAGUACGAGAAGAAGCCGGGUUCCGGGGACUGGCGGCUGCUCGGGGACCUGCUGCCGGAGCCGCUGCGCUUCUUUCGGGAGCCGCUGUCCGUAGAGCUGCUGCCGCAGCCGCACGCCGACGGCGGCUUCCCGCUGCCGCCGGGGCGGGCGGGGGGCUCCCGGCCCGGGCUGAGGAAGAGGAAGGCCUCCCCGGAGCCGGACUCUGCGGACGAGCAGCAGCGGCAGCAGUGGCUCGGGGGCCCGGGCGAGGCCCUCAAGACCCCCCCGGAAUCCGCCGCCGCCCCCCCGCAGAACGGACAGUCCCCCAUGGCCGCGCUCAUGUCAGUGGCGGACGCGCUCGGUAACGCGCACUCGCCCGGCAAGGACAGAGACUCCGCCGCGCACUCCAGGCACGCGGCCGGCAGCCCGGCGUCCCCGGCCUCCGCCUCCGGCCAAAGGCGCCUCUCCUCCCGCAACGGGGACCUCGGGCUGCCCGCGCAGGACCAGGUGCACGCGCAGAGCGUGCCCGACUCCCCCGUGGCCAACAGCGGACCGCUGUGCUGCACCAUCUGCCACGAGCGCCUGGAGGACACCCACUUCGUGCAGUGUCCCUCCGUCCCCGGACACAAGUUCUGCUUCCCCUGCUCCCGGGAGAGCAUCAAGGCCCAAGGGGCUUCCGGGGAGGUGUACUGCCCCAGUGGGGACAAGUGCCCGCUGGUCGGCUCCAAUGUGCCCUGGGCCUUUAUGCAGGGGGAGAUUGCCACCAUUCUGGCUGGAGAUGUGAAGGUAAAGAAGGAGAGGGACCCCUGAGGAGGAGGUGCUGGAGCCUCAAACCCAGACUUUGUUUUUUACGUUUCCUGGAUCACAGCCCAGGUCGAGGUACUUUACUUCAGCCUUCACCCACAGAGAUUCGCUCUAAUCUAAACUCAGUCAAAUAUUCAAACCAUGAAGAACAGCAAACUGUUUCAGUCGUUUAGAGUCUGGACUGGUGAUCACGCGAAAGCUUUUCUGAUUUAACACUUUCCACCUUCCUUUGUCAUCGUGUCUGUUUUUGAUGUGACGGAGGUUAAAGGUUGAGUUUUAACCUGGCGUCAGUAAAAUAAUGAGUGUUACUGAUCCAAAGCAGCGCUGACACUCUUCAGUUUAUACGUCGAGCAGAGUAAAGAGCUGACUCCAGCUCCGUGUACACGUGUGUGUGUGUGUGUGUGUGUGUGUGUGUGUGUGUGUGCAGUAAGAUCAUGCAUGCUAUAGUUUCUGUCCAACACUCACAAUCUACAGUUUCUUUACUGUGAGGCUUAAAAUAACCUCAAUAUUCUGUUAAAAGGAGUUCAUGUUAUUACAGGUGGCUCCUGUAGCGUAUUGUGUGUGUGUGUGUGUGUGUGUGUGUGUGUGUGUGUGUGUGUGUGUGUGUGUGUGUGUGUAUCAUUACACCCAUGAAUCCAAAUCUGUGACCACGGCGCCGGACCGUCAGCCCGUUUCUGCAUCUGUAAAGAAAACCUGAUAAAAAUACGACGAAGGCGAGAAACGGAGAUUAUCGUGAUGUAGUUUAAUAAACGUCUCGGACAAGCAGGCGACUCUUAUUUUGAAACAAAGAAAUAUGUUUUAAAAGAAAAAUGUAAUCGUCCAAAUUAUCCAACAAACUCCGAUGUAUGACAUCAGAGUGGUGAUCUUUGGUUCGUUUACUUUGUGAAUGAGUUGUUUUUGUCUGUUGUCCAGGACGAUGUGCUCACAGACUGAAACAGUUUGACUGAAACAUGAAACAUUACUGACGUUAGUCUGUGCCUGUUGUGUGGCUCCAGGUGUCGCUCCUGCCAUCGUUCAUGUUCGUCUGGAGUUUGUGUCCUCGAGUCGCCGUCACACUUCCAUCUCACAGUGAAAUUCACAUUAGUUAUGUUUGUUUUAAACGGUCGUAAAUUCUUCCUGUUUGACAAACGAACCCUCCCAACAAACUGCUGACGGACUCGGACGUUACAUUUCACCGCUGACCGGGUGGAGAAACGUGUGGAGGGUAGGCGGAGCUCACGUUCAGCGUUUAUUACCUUUGACUCUUUGUAAUUAACGUCGUGGACAUCAACAACCUCGUGGUCUCAGAAUGACAUCAGGCUGUCACUGUUGUGAAGCAUCGUCUGUUAGCAGCGAUGAGACCGGCGGUGAGUUUCAGGGCGUCUUUGUGCACGUUCCCACUGCAGGAAGCGGCCGGUAGGACGUCAUUUCAGGAGGAGAAAGUGCUCGCUUACAGUCUGUUGCUCCACUUUCCCACUCUGUGGAGUCGCACUCGCCGCAGCUGGAGGGGCUCUUCAUGAAGGGUUAUUACAGAAAUGCAGCUGAAGCUGUGGAGCGCGCUCACAGCAGGUCCAUACCUGUGUCAGGUGUCCUCACUGUGAGCGUGCACACACACUCGUUUUAAACUGAUCGUCACGACGAUCGCUGUCAUCUCGGCUCGCUGUCGUCCGCUGUGAGCUCACAGAGCCUUGGUUUAAGUUAUGGCUCGUGGUUUUGGUGCCUUUAACGAGGCGUCGCACAAAGAUCAGCUCGGUAACGUUCUCGGCGGUAGACCGUCACUCCUGUGGCACGUCGGCAGAAGCAGGGGUGUUUGCUCAUGAGCUUAAGAUGAUUAGACAAUAACUGGCUGUGUACAGACUUGAACUUUAACCUCAGGCUUGUUGGACGUGCAGAUGAAACGGGCGUCAUGCUGUUUACAGAGCCGCUCCUCGCCUGAAACAGCUGCAGCAUCAGUUCACCUCCUCUAACCCAACAUGGCUGAGAGGAGGCGCGGCCGCGCUCGCUCGUGACUCUUCCUGAUCUCUGCAGCAGCUUUGAGACUCGCUGCAGCCGUGAGCCGUCACCGUUCAGCUGAACGCGUUUGCUGCUCCUCAUAACUCGGUUAUAGAAACUUUCUGUGCUUUAAAAAACAAACAAACUUCAUAGUUGGAUAUUUUAGAGCUUUGUUGAUCCCGUCCAGUGAAUAAAUGUUAUGUUUCUGUUGCACCUGGAUCCACAAAGCAAACACAAAGAUGGAGGUCAGACUGAUGAAUUCUUCAUUUUCAGUCAAUUUAAAACAAAUUAACUCUCAAAUCCAGAGUUUCUUCUGUGGACAAACUGGUUCCAGUGGUUUGAAGUGAACCAACCAAAAAACGCCUCGACUCGAGGUCACCUCGAGGAACACGUCUGCUGCUCGUUUGCUGGUUUUCUUCCAUUUGGACUGGACAGGAAGUGAGACCCGUGAACACGCUCGGACUCUGACGGCUGUUGGAGAGACUAAACAGGAAGUUCAGUUUGUUUCUUCUGCCCUGAAAGCCAACGGUGUCAGAGUAUAAUUAUGCUGACGUUUCACUGCAGAUGUAAACGAAUAAAUCAGCAUAAAAACAGACGAGCAGGACGUAGAGUCGUGUUCAAACGAUGCUUGGAAUUGUGUAUCGUUUCUACUUUGUGUCAUGAUCUAAAUGUAAAACAGAAAAAAACCUUUUGUACUUGAAAACUGUGUCGGAUGUUUUGGGACAUCAAAGAGGAGACCGUCGCCGUGCACACGCCGUCUUCCCUCCAUCCAGAUGAGGACUGCUUCCAGUGAGUUUGGAGCAGACAGCUGAACUUAUAAAUAUUCUACAUGUGGAUGUUUCAGAAAACGUGUUUAACAAAGAAACGAGCGUGUUGUGUUGUCGUGGAGAUGAAGGCGUGAUCAGUGCCGUGGUGUUUAGGAGGUUCAGCGUGAGGCAGCCGGUAGUCGCUAACACAUGCUCCAUUUUUACAUUAGAAAGUCGUGUCUGUAAAGAAAACAACAAAAAACAACUUUUUUUAUUUUUAUAGAAAUAAUUCAUUUCAUACUUUCAUUUUGAAUUGGACGUUUUUUUUCCUUUCUAAUAUAUUUUGUACUGCAAUAAGAACCCUCCUCUGUGUUCCUGCCUCACAAGGUUCAGCUUGUUUUGUAUUUCUGUUCAGAUAAAAAUGAAACUAACACAUUUGAUCUUGUAACGUGCCUUGGAGCUGAGUCGGUUGUAAUAAAUUCCUUUUCUGUCAAA